CCCGCACGUGGCAGACGUGUGACUCAAGAGGGGGUGAUGUCAUGGGUGAACAGCAGUAGUGAGUUUGGUUGAGCAAUACACAGAACCAGAUGAAGUGGAUACCAGAGAGGCCCUAGCCCUGCGCGCUUGGACUAGCUCAAUGGAUGCCAGCAUGGCAGUGAGAUGCUAAAAACCACACUGAACAGCCUGCAAUAUCUUAUACGUGUACAACUGCAUGCAAGUGGACUUCGCACAGGCUUGUGAACUUGGUGGUUUUUCACUCCUACCACACUUUUGGAGCUCCUUCAAAAUUAACAGGAUUGAAUGAUUAGCAAUCGGACGAAUCAGCCACCAAGCAAUGGGGACUGAGUGUUAAACAUUACAGAGGCCUCUAGAGUAGUGUUCCAUACAGGGUGGCACCAAGUACAUGGCAAAUGUGGUCAAUGAAUUAGCAAUGAGAGGAAUUCCUGCUCAGCCAAGGGCAGAGGAAUCCAGAGAUUGAAUCACCAGCUUUUUGAGAUACAGGAUUUGGCCAACAACUGUGAGACUGAAUUCAGGGAACUGGUUUUGUCAAGGGCAAUCGAGAUGGAGUGGCACAAGAUCUGGUCCAAAUCUUUGCAGACAUCACUACAGCUUCUUGCCUUGACAGCUUUGGCUCUCUGUGAUCUAAGCUUCAAAGUGGAACCUAUGAUGACAACAGAACUUGAGCACGCAAAUGUGACCAUGUACUGCAUCCUCAACGAUCUGCAGCCCGACCAUGAAGUGCGAUGGUACUGCGAGGGGGUCCAAAUCAGUGCAGGAGCAAACAUCAUACUGCUAGAUGCCCGUCUCCGUAUCGAGGAGGAUGCGGAUCGUGGUGAGUACAAUCUCAUGAUAAACCAUGUGACUUUGGCAGACGAUAGAAUGUAUAAAUGUGCAGUUUACACAAGAAACACCAACGAUUUAAACUUGGAGUCCGCUGAAGCCAGACUGGUAGUGCACCAUGUCCCACCCAGCCAAUACCCAAGCUGCUUUCCCUUGACACAAGACAGCUUCCAAGAAGGAGAACAAAUCACGAUCACGUGCCAGUCCAAGCGUGGCAACCCGCCAGUUACGCUGAUGUGGACCCGCCAAGGGGCUCCUCUUCCAACACACACGGAAGACACUCAAGACUUCCGUAACAUCGAUUACACAUUCACGGUUGGGCCUGAGAACCACGGGGAUAUAUUCCAGUGUAAGCUGACCACCUCUGCCACAAACACAGUCCAUCGAAGCUGCAGCCUGGGUCCCUUGGAUGUGACUUUUUCGCCAGUGAGAGUAGAAAUUGAUGCUCCACAGAACAUCGUGGUUGACCAGGAAAUAGAACUGAUCUGCGACUCCAAGGCCAAUCCUCCCCCAUCGUACACAUGGACCUUCAGCGAGAAGAUUGACCAAUCCAGGAUCUCUUACUCCGACAACAACAAGAGGAUUAUCUUCAGAGCUGCCCUUUUGGAUGAUGGCCUGAUCAUUGGUUGUAAUGCAACCAAUGAUCUUGGAAGGUCAACAGGUGCCAUUACGCUUGAUGUCAGGCCAGCAAUCACAAAUCCAAUUUACGGCACAACGCCAUCUAAGGAGGAGCCACCCAAUGGCGAUGACUCAGGAGGGGCCCCAAGCAAACCGCAGACAGACCCCACAUCCUCCAACAACAUCAUCCUCAAGCCGGAGGUCCUAGCCAUCAUCGCUAGUACCCUCACACUGAUCCUCUUAGUUCUGAUCGUCCUCAUCGUGGUCACCUGCCGCUGCCGGUCACAGAGUCCCAAGACGGUCACCCAGAUGCCCCAGAUGAUCUACGGGCAGUAUGGACCCUCAUCCAUCCAGGGCUGGGAGCAGGGUAGCAUCUACUUUGAGCCCCGGGACCACAUCAGCGUGAGGGACAUGCCCACAUGGCAACGGCCAGCACCCUGGCACAGGAACGUGGCAGUACAGGUGCCUUGGGUGGAAGAGCCCCCUUACGAGGAAAUUGGACAAAACUGGGACGAGGGUAUGACGCUAGAGAUUUAGGGCAACCAUUUUCAAGAGGAAAAAAUUGUAAAUAUGUAAAUUUUUCAAAUUAAUUUUGUAACAGAAAAAUUAUGAAGGAAGUACUGCUCAUGUUAGGUUUGGAAUGAUCACUGACGAAAAAUCAAACAUGACCACCAGAUGUAAAAAAACAAUCACUGCAAUUAAUUAAUGCAAUUUCUUUGUUUCUUUUACAAUAUUUCUUACUCAUGGCAAUGUUGUCAUGGCCACCCAUGUUAUUAUGCACUUAAAAAUUGUUGCCCUUAUAUAAUUAGAGUUAAUCUCCACCUUUAAUAAUGUAACUUUGAUCUGUGUGCCUUCUUGGGUUGGUAAACAGGGUGUCCAUAGAGAGAAUUACGAAACUUGUCAAAUCAACAUCUUUAAUGUAACAAUAACCAAAAUGCUCCUCAUUUUCCACAUUGCGUUGGUUAACUUUUUACCCAGUGUCUGUCAGAUUUCUAAUUACCAUGACAACGCAAUAUCAUUUAAUGAAAAAUAAUGUAGCGGUCCAUCACAUCUCUCAGCUGGUUCAGGUUUCAGAACACUAAACUUGUCAAAUAUCAAUGUAUGCAAAUACAUAUAAAAUCUUAAAACUUGGAGUGGCACAAAAUUUGCCUGCGUAAGGAACACUCUGACUAAAUCUAAUAAAAUUUUGGGGGAAAAUAGUUUGUCAAUGCCCGUUGGGAAUCUUUGAAGCGACCAUGUUGAAACAUGCACAUUAUUUUCUUGGGACACCCCUGAACCUGAAUUUUGUACUUUUCCUGUGCAAUACCUACAUGAAGUACUACACAAAAGGGGUGAAUCAGUUAACAUUCUUUUACUGUCCAUAAGGGAUGUUUUUGUAAUUGGUAACUAGUGCUUUUGCUAACUUGUAGAUUAGUUAGCUCUGUGAUGGGCUGUCUAAAUGGCUCAACUUGAUGGCCUACUCUAUAUCUCUGCUUAAACAAUUGAUGAAUUUUUGUUGUUGUUAACUUAAUUUAAAAGAACUGUUAUCAUUCCAAUGGGUUUUCUUCAAAGUAAAGACAAGUGAUGUAUAAGUAAGUAAUAUUGUUUUGAAAACAAACCCUGAUCAUUUGGUGACUCCUAACAAAUACCUACAACAUCAUUUUUAUGCAUAUCAAAUUUGUAGCAUUUAUGGAAGAUAUAUUCACACCUAGGGCUAGAAUUCAUCUUAUGCUUUGGAACAUGAGCCACGUUUCACAUCAGACAAUAGGUCACUCUCAUUCUAAAUUUAGAUGAACAUGCAUCUCGUUCCCCCUCACAAGCGCCGUAGUUCACUGCUUUCAAAUGGUCCAGGAGUAAUGAUGCUGGUAGGGGCACUCAAUAAAUACAUGUCUGUGUGACAGUCAAUAGGUCUGAUCUAUGGCGGCUGCUGUUUAUCGUUAACCCCUGCGUCUGCUCAGGGGCCCCUUUGUGCGAGUGCCACUGAAUAAAUAAUCUAUAAUUUGUGUUAUUCAAAAGUACAUUGAAAAUGUGAUAGCUUUUUUUGCUAUGAAAUUGUUGGCACAAGCAACGUGCAUCAUGUGAAGACCAUGCAGGAGUCGAAUAUUCAAGCAAAACUCUACAACCAAAUUUGUGCUUAAAAUUCGAUUACAGAACAAACAGCUUUCAUAUCCUUUUCUGUUGUAAAAAAUCACUUUUGGCUCUCUGCUCAGAUUUUCCUUUGUGAGGAAUUUUAGUUAUUUUGAAAUACAGGAAUCUAAACAAAAAUAAUUACAAAUAGAAAAAAAACUAACAUUUACUGUAUGCUUGAUGUAAAUGUAUGGAAUUUAGAAUGAGCUCCUUGUUCAUAUGGGGAAACAGCAAAUCGUGCAUCAACAAGAAAACACUGGCUAUGAUGAGUUAUAUUUUAGCAACCAACCAAACUUGCCCAGAUAUUAAUGAUCUUGACAAGUGAGAUCUCCAUUCAGUAAUUGCCAAACUCUCUCACUGGUGAAAGAGGAGCUCGUAACAAUAUCAUCCAUCUUAUCAAGACAAACACCAGACUACAAGCAAUUUUGUUUUCCCAGUAAGACAGCAUUACAGUAUUUUACUUCCUUUUACGCUUUACGGUAUAGAAUUCACUGAGGGUUCACAUAUUUGGGGGUGACAAACAACAUUUAGUCCAAAAAAUGCUUCCAUUUGUGAACUGUUACAAAAUGAACUGCUGUGGAAAUGCAGUGAUCCAAAACAUGAUGAAGUUGUUGGACAAAAAUAGCAUAAGUAAUAACUUUUCCCAUUACUCAAGGUGUGGUUGUCAUGGAUACUUGCUUAGUUAUGAGGAUGUGCCAUAAGAGAACACUGUGAAUAUUUCAUGAAGCCAUCAAGAACUAAGAAAUAUUUUUUGAUGCAUGUUCAAUUUUUUAUGAGCAGUUUGAAUUCUUAAUAGCAAUUUGUAUCAUUGUGUUCCAAGCGUAUCAAAAUCCAAGGUUGUCCUGAGAAGAUUAUUUUUAACUGUAAGAUGGUCAAAGUUCAUUGAAAAAUGUGCGAUAUUGUCCUUGACUUUGGAGGAAGUAGCUGUUGUUAAUUUGAGGUAGUUUGUCCAAUGAACAACACUGCCAAAACACAGCAAUUGAAAUGUCGAGUUGAAAUGCCAAUUAUUACUUCUUUUUUUUUUAAAUUGUUUACUUACUGGUAUUAAACAAAAUUUAUCCUCUAUAGAUGAAUGAAGCCUUUACUUCAGUAAUGGUUAUGGUACAGUCUACACGCAGACAAUGCUUAUAGUGUGCUGCCCACACAGACCCACUCUA